AUGAGUCGUCGACCGGACCAAGUGCGUUUGUUUGCUCCCGGAGGAAAGCACAUCGAUCCACCUGCAAACCGUAGAAACAGAUGUAUCAAUUCUUGGAGAAAGAUUGACGUUCCGCAAUGGUCGCACAGCUCAAAAUCGGCCGCUUUGACCGAAAGGAUAAGCUCGUGGGAUCCCGCUGAUUAUGCGAAACGUGGUAUUCCAUCACAGGAAAUCAUUAAUCUCUACGACAAAUGGGGACGUGGAAAAUUUGGAAUGAUCCUAACGGGGAACAUCUGUGUUGAUCCGUGGAACCUUGAAGCUGCAGGAAACGUAAUCUUUAGCAAGGAGAACGAUUGUGAGAAACUCCGAGACGCUUGCCACAAAUGGGUGAAAGUGAUGAAAGCGGAUGGAGCGCUUGCUAUAGCCCAACUAUCACAUGCAGGACGCCAAACUCCUGAUCUCAUAAACAAACAACCUUUCUCAUGUUCUGAUGUACAACUAACAGCUAACAGGCGAUUCAUGGGUUUCGGCAAACCGAUACCAUUGUCUCUAGAGCAGAUCAAGACCGAAGUUAUUGACCGGUUCGUGUACGCAGCAAAGUUUGCAUUUGAGCAAGGAUUCGAUGGUGUGGAAAUCCACGCAGCUCACGGAUACCUCCUGUCGCAGUUUAUGUCACCGAUCACUAAUAAACGCUUUGAUCAGUACGGAGGAUCGCCAGAAAACAGAAUGAGAGUUGUCCGAGAGAUAUUUGAUGGAAUUCGGAGUGAAGUGCACGCAUCCACUGGUUUUCUAGUGGGUAUCAAAACGAACUCAGUGGAAUUCCAAGACAAUGGCUUAAACGUGGAUGAUGCGAAGCUCAUGUGCGAGAUGAUGGAGAAUUGUGGAUUUGACUUUGUAGAGCUCUCUGGUGGAAAUAUUGAACGACUUGCAUUCCAACAUAUGCGCGAUUCGACCAGAAAACGAGAAGCAUUUUUCCUGGAGUUCGCAGCAAAAAUUCGCCCAGUCUUCGAGAAAACUAUCGUUUAUGUCACUGGUGGAUUCCGAACAGCUCCAGCAAUGGUGAAUGCGGUUCGAGAUGGGAUCACUGAUGGUAUUGGUCUAGGAAGGCCAAUCACUGCCGAACCAGAUUUACCAGCAAAGAUUCUACGGGGGGAUUGCCUAGCUGCCCCAGACACUCAACUCAACCAAGAUGAUUUCACAAUCACAUCAACGGCUAGCAAUAUGCAAAUGGGACAAAUGGGGAAGAGGCCAUAUGAAGAGCUUGAGAACAUUUGCGACGACGUCGCCGAUCUGAGCCAUCCAGAGGAGGCAGAAAAUUUCAAGAAAUGCGCCAUCGAGUAUUUCGAAGAGAUGAAAAAAACAGCCGAGAGGGCUCUUUGCGCCGCCGACGAUUUCGCUUGCAUUGUUUCGGAGCAGUGCAUCGGUGCAAAUCGUCGAUGCAAUGGAAUCGCGGAAUGCAGCGACGGAACAGACGAGAUGAACUGUGAUGUUUGUGGGAAUGGACUCUUCCACUGCUCGAAAAGUGGCGAAUGUAUUCUCAACGAAGAAAGAUGCGAUGGCAAGCGACAUUGUCCUCAUGGUGAGGAUGAAAUGCUUUGCAACUCUUUUUCGUCUAAUCCGAACCCCGGUGCACCGAUGGAGCCCACUGAUUAUUCUCCGGACUACAAGGACAUGUCGCAAACUACGGAAGAAGAGCCUUCUUUCCCCAUGCUGACUAUGUCGUUGCCGUCUCCGACUCCUCCAAGAGUAACUACUCAACGAGUUCCUCAUCGAGUGCAGGCAUCUUCGAAGAACAUUCCAUUAUUUUCUUCAGCAGCGCCAAGCAAAGGAUUAGAGACGUUAUCAGUGGCUGUUCAAGUAACUUCCACUGCUGAACCGACGACAUCGGCUCCAAUAAAGCUGAACCGUUAUCCGACUAACGCUGCUUCGCAAGCGAAUGAAAGAGUGCUGUCAGUCUCGGAGACCAGACUCGCUGUCGGGCACACGGAGGACUCAUCACCGGCAGUUUCUCCGACGAUCGAUCUUAGCUUUGGCCAAUUUUCUGGAAUUAACCGUUAG